UAGCAUUGUUCUGGUGGAAUGUCAGCUGACCCAGUGCUUCCACUGCAGUGCGCCCGAAAACAGCAAGAAGCAGAAGUCGGCUCAGCAUACAGCGACAACCAGGGGACGGCUGGUCAUGGCAGGCGUCUCGUGCAUGUAGGAGUCAUAGGACAAGCAAUCGACACAGCUAUCACAUCAAGUUUCGUAAAGCCGGCCUGUAAACAGACGGGGAAAGACGAUGAGAGAGAGCACUGGGUGGUCUCGGCGGAGAGAAGUUCUUUCCUUCUGCUGGGAUAGCACAUUAAAAGAGCUGAUCCACGCUCCAGCAUCACGUCAUGUCAGCCUUAUCAGCACGAAAGCGGCCUCGAAUUGGCACGCACUGACAUUCUCGAGCAGAUCUUUGUCUUAAUACGCCUCAUCGCGCGACGGAUCUUCUUAACUCAGCGUCAACGGACCACGCUCGAAAUCAACGGCCGGGUGAGCUGUCGCGCUGGAACGAGCCAGUGACCCUGCUCUGUCGCAUUUCGGCCUGCAAUCCCAACAGGUCUUUCGUUGAGCAUAGCAUCCGCAUGCAUAUAUAUCCGAUCGAAAUCAUCUACUGGGCGCGGAGAACAAGGCCGGAACCUCGAUCUAUCUUGGACGGGCGAAGCCAGAUAGUGAAACCCAGGAGUGAAAGCGGCCGAGGUAUCCGUUUCCGCGCACCAUUUAUCUUGCCCCGAAGCACUGGUCCACCCAUCGAAACGUUUCGUCGAGCCACUGCACGCCUUCCUAGAGCCAUUUUCAUUGCGGAACUGCGAAAACGCGCGUGCGUUGAAAGGGAUUGUGCGCACGUCGCGACAGCACAAACGGCUUCGAACUUCGUCUCUCUAAUUUCUCUGCAAAAAUCACGACACUGCACCGUCGUCUGUUAUCGAACGAUGUUUUUGAAGUCUUGGAGGCUG